CCCACACGUACUUGCAGAAUAGGAGCAAAUAACUUUCUUGACACGUGGCACAGACAUAGUGUUUUUUUUGAAGUAUGGAUCCGUACUAGCAAGCGGAACAAGUUCCCGUAGUUUUGCAAACGCAAUCAAGACUCGUGCUUUUGCAAUGAACACGUAUGUCAGCGAGUUUCUACAUCAAGUGUUUGACGAGAUAGCGCAGCCAAGUGCGGCAACGAAGUACAGGCCCGCGUCAGCGAGAAAAGCAGAGCAACCGCGGUCCCGCGAUGACAUACUGAAAGAGCUGCGAGAAAGUGAGGCAGAUUUGCGGUCGUUGAAGAAUCUGCAUUGCAUCGAGUCCGUACCACGUUGGGAAAUCGACCGUUUUUUUGAGCGUUUUAGUGGACCGGCGGCACACGAUCUGAGUCGAGCAUACCGGACAACACGGCAGGUGCGUGCUUUGCAAGAAGGAACAGAAGCUGGAGCAGAGGAAAAAUCUGCAACUAAAAACGCAGGUUCAGAAAGUUCGAAAGAUGCUGAAGAAGUAAACCCCGACGUCGCAAAUGCGGCUAGAGUAGAUGAGAGUGGUGAAGAAUCUCAUUCUGCACUUUCAUCUGAAGAUUCUGAAGACAAGAAUUUCACUGUCGCGAUCCCAUCUCUCUCAGAAUCGGUCCAGUCAUUGUUUCGCCUGUUCGGAAAAGGGGUCGGCGCAGUGAAGCUCUUCACGCAGGACACCAACGAUCGUGAGGCUGGCACAGUGCUUCUCUAUCCACGUGACGAAAAGCUCGUUGACGCGGCACAGCGAUCUCGCUUGGCAACGCCAGAAGGGUGGGACUGGAAUCGUGCUAGCAGUUGCGCGACGUGUUACCCUGGAAGUUCCGCCGUGCGUUACUGGCAAUAUACGCCGGACUCGGGAGAGCAAAACCCACUGUUUUUAUGUUGAGAUGGUUUUGUUGUUUCAAUGUUUCAAUUGCAUACAUCGCGUACGCGUAUGCACAUUCUUGCAGUUGUAUGUAGUCGAUGCAAGAAGAUGCUCCUUCUUUCUCGCUGGAUAUUCUAUGAGGAUUUGAGCGACCCCCACAUUCUAAUCAUCCCGGGAGGAGACUCAAAAAGACCUAAGAAACUGCCAUAUUACGUACCGCCAGGCGGUUCUGGAAAAGGAACGCCCUGUCAGUGCUGGGGCGGCGACGUACUCAGUUGCAAACAAAACCUACGAGAUUUUUUGGAGAAUCGAGUUCUUCAGCUCGAGCGUGAAUUUGCGACAGAGGAGGUCACGUCAGAGGAGACUAAUACAGAGCUCAACAAGCUCGUAAGCGCAGCAACGGUACAAGAGUGA